AUGGUCCACAUCCCCAUGGGCGACCUUCUGCGCGCGCGGGCGAAGUUCCUGCCCGAGUUGGGCGAGUUUAUCUCCAACGGCCGGCUCGUGCCAGAUGAUGUGGUCGUGUCUGUGCUCAAGGAGCGCCUUGCAGACAGCGACUGUGCCUCUCGAGGUGUGUUGCUGGAUGGUUUCCCAAGAACUCGAGCGCAGGCUGAAUCACUGCAGCGAGUGGGCGUCGAGAUUUCCGCCGUGCUCCAUCUCCAGGUGGCUGACGACGUCGUCGUGGAUCGAAUCGCCGGCCGCCGCAUCGAUCCGCUGAGCGGCAAGAUCUACCACGUCAAGGACAACCCACCACCGCCAGAGAUUGCUGGCCGCGUGAUCCAGCGCGAGGAUGAUACCCCCGAGAAGAUCCGCAGGCGCCUUGUCACCUACCACCAGGAGCGAGACGCCAUUUUGGAGUUCUGCCGCGAUACGGUUAGAACCAUCCACGUUGGCGAUGGCAGCGACGAGGCGCUGCCUGCCGAUGUGCGUCCCUUGCGGGUGUUCGACGAGGUGAGAAAGGCCGUGGAGGGCGACACAUACUGGGGCUCAGUGAUUCGCUCUGAGAUCAUUGCGAAGGCCUGUGCAGACCUAGACUCAGAGCUCGGGGAUGCUCAUGAAAAGCCCGAUAUAUAG